AUGUCCGUCCUCUUAAUAGCGCUGAUUUGCCACGAAUUUGGAGGCAAUCGGUACAGCUCCCCAUUGCUUAGCUUCUGUGCUAUGCUUAGCGUCAAGCUAUAUACUAAGACGUGGAAAGAGCCGGGCAACUACAAUAGCUGCUUGUCUAGUGUGAUUUGGGUUGUGCAGCUAAUCAUCUUCCACACUAGCGCUUGUCUAGAGAAGGCGGAGCUAGGCGAGAUCCUCGGCUGGCGCUUACUGCUGUUUAUUGUCUCGAAGGAGGUCGUUCUGACCUACCGGGACGUUGAUUUGCAUAUAGAUCACGUGCCGCGGCUUUUACUCUCCGACUUCUAGCAAGCCUAGCACUUACUCUACGACGAGCUAAUGUUCGGGGCCCAGAACCUCCCGCGGAUGCGUACUUAGGCUUUAAAGGACAACUUAGACGCCGAUGCCUUUGGCUAGUUCUUUAGCUAGCACCGGGAGAACGUUGAGCUAGUAAAGCCGCUAGCGAGGUCUUUGCUAACCGUUAUCCAAGACUCGAAGCCGUUGCGGGACUCGUUUCUGGAUGCCACCGCGGAUGGCGCUAAGGUCUGGCGAGGGAAGGCGAU